AUGAGUUACAGGGUGCAGACAGCUUCCCAUGGCAAGGCUCUUGACGGCAUCAAAGAGGACACGGCAGCAGUCAAGCACGACACGACAGCAAUCAAAGAGGGGACAACAUCAAUCAAAGAGGACACGACAGCAUUGAUCGAGUCACAUGCAAGCGCCGAGGAGGAAGCGACACGAAGGAGCAUUCUGGACUGGGUCGAGAAGCGUGUCAUCCGCUUCGACAAGAUCCAGGGCGAUCAUUUCAACAGAGCCCAGGCCGGAACUGGAACAUGGUUUCUCGAGUCGGAGCCUUUUCAGUCCUGGUGUACUGGCACAGCCAAGACAAUGUAUUGCCCUGGCAUACCAGGUGCUGGCAAGACUAUUAUCGCUUCGGUCGUCGCGAACUACCUCAGCGUGAGGUUUCCACAGGCGGACACAAACGUCAGCGUUAUCUAUUUCAAUUACAAGUCUCAGGGCCAACAAGGUCUUACACGCAUACUACUUUCCAUCCUUUGGCAGUUCGUCUACAAGAGAAAAAGGCUCGACAAGAGGAUCCAAGACUUCUGGAAAGCCCACGAGAGAAGCGAACCAAGUGCAGACGCAAUAUCUGCCCUUCUAGGCAACCUUGUACAAAAUGCAUCUCGCUCCUUUAUUGUCUUGGACGCAUUAGACGAGAUUUCGAAUGAAGGAGGCAUGGAUAGUCGUAAGAGCCUUCUCAACAGUAUCAUGGAACUCCAGAAGACGGCGGCAACGGGCCAUGCGCUGCACGUGCUCAUGACAGCUCGUCCCGACACUGAGCUUCCCGCUUCGUUCAAUCCAGAGUCCACCUUCCAUAUAUACUCCGCCGAACAAGACCUUCGAUUGUUUCUCAAGACGCGAGUCAAUGAUCUCGACUGCCUUCCUGAAGAUGACUACGACGACGACAUGUCGCAAAGCUUAAAGGAACGAAUCGUCGAUCGGAUUCUCGAAGCUGCGGAUGGGAUGUGA